UUUAUGGAUAUCUCUAGCAAUGGAUGGCUUCACUUCGGUGCAGAUUAGCUGGACAUUGUUCAGCAGUAGUAUGUGUAGAUCAAUACGGUCAGUGCAAUUAUUGGCCUACAAUAGCUUUAGGGUGUGUGUGAUAUGGGUUAGGAUUCAAGCACUCUAGUUGCAGUUUACAGUCACUUGUUGCGUUGGUUGGAGUCUACACACUCACACGGUAGCAUUUUACUUUAUGAGGCGGAAAGUCCAGAAGGUUGUGUCACGCCCCUUCAAAUUCUAGAAUUCUACAAGCUUAAAAAAGCAGAUUCCGUCAUGGCCAGUAGCGGAGUGACAGAACAGCUUAAGAAGCUAGGACUUCUGGAUAUUGAUCCCAAACAGCAGUCAGUAGAGCUACCAGGAACUACAGAGUACGUGCGCGUUUCCCCACUAGUCAAAGAUGGGAAGCUCAUCUCAAGAUUCUACGACGGAGUUGAAUCGCUACACGACUGUUUCAUGCGUGGCUUGAAACUCUCUGCAAAUGCACCAUGUCUUGGAUGGAGGGCGAUGGAUAAUCAUCCAUACUGCUGGAUAACUUAUGAGCAGGUAUACGCUCGGGCGAUGAAUUUCGGUUCUGGUUUGAUCCAAAAGGGGUUAUCUGCUGGCAAUGACACGUACAUCGGUAUCUACUGUAUGAAUAGAGUUGAGUGGGUUCUGACCGAGCAGGGAUGUAGUAUGUACUCCAUGGUUGUUGUACCUCUUUAUGAUACACUAGGACCUGUAGUGUGUCAGCACAUCGUUAACCAAGUUGAAAUUAGUCUUGUAGUAUGUGACACAGCUAAAAGAGCUGAGAUUCUUUUAGAUCAAGCAGCAUCAAUGCCUGGCUUGAAGCAAAUCGUGAUCAUGGAAGAGGCUACUGAGGAAAUGAAAAUGAAAGCAAUAAGUCAAAACAUUGAGCUACUUCAGUUUGCAGAUGUUGAGGAACUUGGAGCAAAUAAUCGGCAAGAAAAAGUGCCUCCAGUCUGGGAGACAGUGAGCACAAUCUGCUACACUAGUGGUACAACAGGGACACCAAAGGGUGUUAUACUAACCCAUGGCAACAUCCUGGCAUGCGUAAACGCAUUCUUCAUUCACAGAGGGAGCUCAAGUAAGUUGGACCUACGCACAGAUGAUGUCUACAUAUCCUACCUUCCACUGGCUCAUAUCUAUGAGCGUCUGUCACAGGUGACUGUACUUAUAAAUGGCGGAUGCAUCGGUUUCUUCCGUGGAGAUCCAAAGAAACUUUUAGAUGAUAUUAAAGAAUUGAGACCAACAAUGUUUCCAUGUGUUCCGAGGGUCAUGAACAAAAUCUACGACAAGGUGCAACAAGGUGUGGCAGAAAAAGGAAUGGUUGCGAAAUUUCUUAUGAACACAGCACUGAGCAAAAAAACCAAGGAACUUGAAAGAGGAAUUUUCAGAAAUGACGGCUUUUGGGACAGAAUCUUUCGAAAAAUCCGGGUGAUGACUGGUGGGCGAGUUCGGUUUAUCACUACUGGUGCUGCUCCUGUUUCCCAUCAGGUCAAGAUGUUCUUUAGAUGUGCUUUUGGUGCUUCGUUAAUUGAAGGUUACGGACAGACUGAGUCUGGUAGCGUAUCAACCAUAACACUUCUAAACGAUGUGAGUGCUAACCAUGUCGGAUGUCCGCUGGUAUCCAUGUACUAUAAGCUACAAGAUGUUCCUGAGAUGGACUAUUACGCUAAAGAUUGCCAAGGAGAGAUUUGCCUGAAAGGAUUCGGGGUGUUCAAGGGAUACUUCAAUGAACCAGCGAAGACUGCUGAAACAAUCGAUGAAGAUGGUUGGUUACAUACGGGAGAUAUCGGAAAAUGGCUGCCUAAUGGACAAUUAUCAAUCAUUGACCGGAAGAAACACAUCUUCAAAAUGGCGCAGGGUGAAUACAUCGCUCCAGAGAAAAUUGAGAAUGUCUACAUCCGUAGUGAGUUUGUCUCACAGUGUUUUGUACAUGGAGACGGCCUUAAGGCGAGUCUGAUUGCGAUUGUUGUACCAGAUGAAGAAGUGAUUCCAAAACUCGCUAAGAGUAAAGGUGUCGCAGGAGACAUCAAAGAAAUCUGCUUAAACAAGGAUGUGAAGAAAGCGGUUCUAGAGGACAUGGUCAAGAUUGGCAAAGAAGCCAAACUGCAUAGCUUUGAACAGGUUAAGGAUAUAUAUCUUGAAAGUGAGCUUUUCAGCGUGGAGAACAACUUACUGACCCCUACCAUGAAAUCAAAGCGUCCAUGCUUAAAGAAGCAUUAUGCUGAGCAGAUUGAAAGCUUGUAUAAUAAUCUGGAGUAAUAUGAGUACAAAGUCACGUGAGUACAAUAAGCAAAAACUGUCAUACAGUAAGCUAGAAUUAUUCUCGCUUGUUGUCUCAGCAGAAAGGGCCUAGCCAAAGUGUGUCUUGUAACAAACCAGUAAACAAUUUUUGUUUACUUUUGUUUUUCAAUAUUUACCACUUAAAUACCUCGUUCAUUUUGACUGCAUUUUAUUAUUAAAACAUUCCUUAUUUGGCAUUACAUAUUCAGGGCAGCUUGAAGCGUUCAUUUUGAAGCAUUCAUUUGGAUCUUAUUUUAUUAUUAAAACAUUCCUUAUUUAGUAUUACAUAUCCAGGCCAGUUUGAAGCGUCACAAUUUUUCUGAGUAUAUUUCUUACAUUGUUAUUUCGGUUCGUUUGAAGAAGUUACUUUAAGGUAAGGGUUUGACUGAGCAAAAAUACAUUUUUUGUAGCAGCAAGUUCAUUUUAAUUUCUUGUUAUUUUACCAAUACCAGAAAGUGUUCUGAUAACACACUGCCAGACAUAGUUUUUAUCAACUGAUAAUUUGUAAUGUCUAUUUUUGUAUUCAUAAAAUUUGAGAUUUUCACAUUAACUUUAACAUAAUUAAUUAUUUAUAAUGUGGAUGAGUUAUUGAAAUAUAAAGCCUUCAACCAUUAGAAUGAUCUUCAAGAUUUAUGAUAUUAUUAGCGUUAAAUUGACUUUAUUUUUGAAUAUUUUGGUAACAAUAUUCUAUAUAACAUUUCCCGUAGUAUUCAGGGUAUUUUAUUUUUCAGGUUUGUUUGAUUUGUAUUUGACUUUUAUUAGCUGAACAAAGCCAUUGGGCACUUUCGGUAAACAGUAUUGUCUAAAGGUAACAAAAAUAACAAACCUGUGAAAAUUUAGGCUCAAUCGGU